AUGACAUCAUCAACAUCAACAUAUGGGUCGGACUCAAGCAAUGAAUCAAAGCUCAUGGCCUAUAUUACCUCUCUUAUACUCAUGGCAAGCGGCUUCUUCAACAAAAGCCCAUAUUUACGCAAAAUGACAACAAAACCCAAGACCCACUUAUCCACACCAGUCUCCAACUACAUCUCACAAUCUGAAACCAUGAAAGCCCAUGUUGCAGUCCUUCCAAGUCCAGGCAUGGGCCCCAUCAUCCCUUUACUCGAGCUAGCUAAACAACUUGUCGUCCGCCAUGGCAUCCAUGUCAGCCUCCUCAACAUCACCACCGAGGCUUCUGCAGCUCAAAACCAACUACUCCACUCACCAACUCUCCCUCCAAACCUCAAAGUUAUCGACCUCCCACUUGUUGAUAUUUCAGCACUGGUCACAGAAGACGCUGGGAUUGUCACUCGGCUUUGUAUCAACGUACAGGAGAGCCUCAAGCCACUGAAGUCGGUCCUCAUUGAGUUGGGCAAGCCACAAGCUCUAAUCAUUGAGUUGUUUUGGACACAAGCUUUUGAAAUCUGCAAUGAGCUUUCUAUUCCUACCUACAUGUUGUUCACAUGCUCAACUGCUUUCCUUGCUUUCACUUUGUACCUUCCUACACUGGACCGUGAGGUGGAGUGCGAGUACGUUGACCUUCCUGAACCGGUUCAGGCCCCAGGUUGCACACCGAUACGAAUCGAGGACUUGCUAGACCAGGUCAGGAACCGGAAGAUUGAUGAAUACAAGUGGGUCUUGUUCCACUUUAAUCGAACCCCAUUGGCAACAGGGAUUUUCUUGAACUCAUGGGAGGAUUGUGAAACAGCUUUGCUUAAAGCAAUAAGAGAGCUCCCUUUCUAUAAGCAAAUAGCCACACCACCAGUUCAUCCAGUUGGGCCGCUUAUCAAAGAGGACGAGCCAUUGACUGAAUUAGGUGCCAAGUGUGUGGCUUGGCUAGACAAACAACCAUUGGAUUCGAUUCUCCUCGUUUCAUUGGGUAGUGGAGGGACUCUAACCGCGCAGCUCACUGAGUUGGCAUGGGGUUUGGAACUGAGCCAACAAAGGUUCAUAUUGGUGGCACGUAAGCCAACCGAUGGUAGUGCCUCAGGUUCAUUUUUCAACGUGGAUGGUGAUGUUAAUGAUCCAAAGGCAUAUUUGCCUGAAGGGUUUAUAGAGAGGACCAAAGGGGUGGGGCUGGUGGUGCCAUCUUGGGCUCCACAAGUAGCGGUGCUCCGCCACCCAUCAACGGGUGUGUUUUUGUCUCACUAUGGGUGGAACUCUACUCUUGAGAGCAUCAUUUAUGGUGUGCCAAUGAUAGCGUGGCCGCUUUAUGCAGAGCAGAAAAUGAAUGCGGCGAUGCUGGUGGAAGAGGUCGGUGUGGCUGUUAAGCCGAUGGUGGGAGAGGGAAAAGGUGUGGUGGAAAGGGAGGAAAUAGAGAGGAUGGUAAGGAUGGUGAUGGAAGGUGAAGAAGGGAAGGCAAUAAGGGGUAGGGCUAAAGAGCUAGAACACAGUGCAUCUCAAGGGUUGAACUUUGGUGGAUCAUCAUAUGAGUCACUUUUUUGUGUGGUCAAAGAAUGGACAACUUCAGAUCAAAUCUAAUUAAAGUUUGGG